CCAUCUUUUUCGGUUCCUCGCGCUCCGUCAGACUCCAACAUGUCCAGACCAAAAGUUUACUUCGAUGUGACCCAGGAGGGAGCUCCGAUGGGCCGCGUGGUCAUCGAGCUUCGUGACGACGUCGUUCCCAAGACGGCCGAGAACUUCCGCGCCCUCUGCACCGGAGAGAAGGGCUUCGGCUACAAGGGAUGCACCUUCCACCGCAUCAUCCCCGGCUUCAUGUGCCAGGGCGGAGACUUCACCAACCACAACGGAACCGGUGGUAAAUCCAUCUACGGAAACAAGUUUGCUGAUGAGAACUUCACCCUGAAGCACACCGGCUCCGGCAUCCUGUCCAUGGCCAACGCCGGACCCAACACCAACGGGUCCCAGUUCUUCAUCUGCACGGCACAGACAACAUGGCUGGACGGUAAGCACGUGGUGUUCGGCCAGGUGGUGGAGGGCAUGGACGUGGUGAAGAAGAUGGAGGCCUGCGGGAGCCAGAGCGGUAAAACCAAAGGCAAGAUCGCCAUCGGAGACUGUGGCCAGCUCUGAAGCUCCAGCACUUAACUCCUGUAGCCCCGCCCCUUUAGUGUAAGCCCCGCCCCCUUUAUUAGUGUCAGCCCCGCCCACCUCACCAUUCUACAUUCCUGAUGAUGGAGAGUCAGCUGAUCCCCCCCCCCACCCCUAAACUCCAAACACCAGUUGUUUUUUUUUACUCCUUGUUGAGAUUCUGUUGCUGCAUUCGUGACUUUUUGCCUUUGAAAGUUUCUUUUGCAUUAACGUUGUUUUUUUUUUUUUUCCACUAAAGUCCCAACAACGGUUUUUAUUUUGAUUUUUUUUUCUGUCAAAGUCAAAAAGAAGAAAAUAAAACUGAAAAGUUGCCUUGACAAUUGAAA